AUGGUGCGGACCGCGGAAGGUCCUAUGGACUUUGAAUGGCAAACACGCCCUCCAAUGGAUGCUUCGUCUCCUUUCUCCCAUCUAGAAAAUAAGAAGCGGACACACAACGUAUUCAACUCUCCAGACAAGAAGCCUCCUUCUCUACGUCCUCCUAAUUCUCAACCAUUCCUCUUCUCCCAACCGCGAACUCAACCCAACGUACCUUCUAAAGCCGUCUUUGGACAACCAGCGUUCAUGACACCUCGAAAGAUCGAUGUCGACUUCUCAUCUGGAGCCGAGAACUUCUCGUCUCCCGAAAAUGCAGACAAUGAAGAUACACCAGAGCAACCCAUGAGGACAGAGAGGAGGAAUUCAUUAUUCAAUAUCUACGGCCGAUUCGGAAGUAGCCCCGGCCGCGGCGAGAUCCCCCGUACGAAGCACUACUCCAACGGAGCGCUCCACAAGGUCCAAAAGACGCGACGACGAAAUCGAGAACUUACGCGAAAGGUGAAGACGGACAGCGAUGACGAAAGCGAUCGACCGAGCAGUAGCGACGAGAGGAAAGGCAAGCUAUCAAGGCAAGGGCAGGGUCAGGAACAUGGAUCAGAACUGGUGCCCUCGCGAAUGUCGUCCUUCUCCGAGUUUUUUGCUCUUUUAGAAGCGCAUCCCAAUGUUCCCAGUAUCUUGUCAUGGUGGGCUCAGCUUAUUGUCAACUUGUCGCUUUUCUCUCUCGCGGUCUACAUCGUCUUUACCUUUGUCUCAGCUAUUCGGGCCGAAUUCGAGCAAGCCGCAGACGAAGUCUCCGACGGAAUUUUGGCAGAUAUGGCGAAAUGCGCCAAGGAUUACGUGGAUAAUAAGUGUGGUGGCCCAGGCCGAUUACCAGCGCUUGAGACUGUGUGUGAGAACUGGGAGCGAUGUAUGAAUCGCGACCCAGCCAAAGUAGGACGAGCCAAGGUCUCAGCUCAUACAAUGGCUGUUAUCAUCAACAAUUUCAUUGAUCCCAUCAGUUGGAAAGCAGUGGCAAUUUUCCUCGCCACUAUCUCCACCGUGACAGUUGUUAGCAACUGGUCAUUCCGCUCCUUUAGAAGCAAACACAACCAGCAGGAUUACCAUCCUAAUCCGAAUAACUACCCCGGUCAGCCCUCCGGUCACAAUCAAUUCAUGCAUGGCCAACCACUUCACCUACAACAUAAUCCGAGCUUUGGGUACUAUGGACAACAGCACGAUCCUCGACAGAACAUGAACAUGGGUAACGGCCAUUCCCAGAACCAAGAUGCGCCACUGAUGCUGGAGAACACAAGAUCCAGGGAUUUCGAUCGCAGUGAUGAGCGGGAAUCUCAUCUACGUACCCCAAGUCCUUCAAAGCGCCGAUUUGCAUAG